AUGGAUGAUUGGUUCGGAGAGCUUCUCAAUGCCUCAUCUUCAAAGCGACCAGCCGAAUCUAUGCAGCCUGCUGAAGGGCCUUGUCCAAAAGCUGAUAUCUCUCCAUGCCUCUCCCCGGCUGUAUCUGAGGACAGUGGUGAUGCAGUUGCUGCUUUGCUAAGUGAGCUGGGUGAGACAUUUGAUUCGGAACCUAUGUGCCAUGUUGUUGAGCUGGCUGCAGCCGAAGUUUCUGAGAACCCUCAAGCUAGCGAGGCUUUACGGGAGUUUGCAGCGGUUAGGCCCAAUGAUGCAGAACAACGGGGGCAUGAUGUGUUGGUGAAGCACGAGUUAUCAUGCCCAGUUGAGAUUAACAAGGUUGACCUCUCUGACACAAAGCGUUUCAAGAAUUGGCCAUACAUCAAGUUUUCCACAUGGGUCAAAUAUCUUUUGGAUUCUGGACGUUUGGCGCAACAGUUGUGUGCUUGUGCGGAUCUACAAAGUAUGCAAGUGAAGCUACAAGAGUUCUGGCUACGCUAUGAAGCCAUAGACCCGGAACACCAAAUCUUCGCUAUGAGGGAUGCUGGUACAGUAGACCUGAAAUGGGUUAUCCCAGUCUAUAGUCAUUCCGACGAGGGUCGGGGCCAUAAAAAACAAGCGUUUUGGCUGUUGAGCACUCAUGGGGCAUUAGGCCGUGGAACGAGGGCAUUUCUCAAGAAAUCGAAGGAUAAGCUACCUUUGAAAAGAAAUGGGUUUGGUCUCAAUUUUUGUGGCCAUACUUGGACAACAAAUUUUCUUUUCAGCUGCAUGCUGCGAAAGUUCUUCAAGAAGGACCCGGAGAUCCUCCAUAGUUUGGUUGGUGUCUAUGCCAGGGACAUGGAGGACCUAUUGUUGAACGGUGUUAGCAGUACGGACGGGCUGAUUCAGGUUCGGUGCUGUCAUUUGGGGACAAAGGGAGACCUCCCAGCUCUUGCUAAGCUGGGAAGAAUGAAUCAUACGUUUGGGAAUGUCCCAAAGAAAGCAGCAUCAAAGAAACCUUGUGAGGGAAUUUGUUGGAUGUGCUGUGCUGGUCGUGAGUCCAAUCCAUCCCAGAAUAUCUCUGCUAUCCCAUUUGAAGACACCUCGGGUAAGCCUCUUUGGGAAGGAACGCUGGGUCAACAAGAUGCAUUUGAUGGAAUGCCUGCUAUACUGGAAGGUGUUCCAUUGCUAGAGGAGAACAGGUGGCAAUUCUUCAAGACAGACCUCUGGCACAAUUUUCACCUAGGUGUUGCCAAGCAUUAUGUUGCCAGCGCUCUAGUCUCAAUCUUGGAAAACGUGGAUCUUGAGGUGAACGCCUACUCUGGAGCGGUGCAUCCCCUGGUUCAUCGCCAUCCCAUCACCGGUCAGAAGGUGCUAUUCCUUCAUCUAGGGCAGACGGGUGCAUUGAUAUCUUGGAACAGCACAGCAUCCAGUCCAUAUCCAGACAUGGAAGGAAUGGUCCCAGGGGUCUCGCUGCCGUCGGGCUACCGCACUCUUUCGGCGCCGGAGGCUGCAGCUGUGAUGAGUCGCUACGACGCACUGCUCAAUCGCCCCGAAGUACAUUUUCAACAUCGCUACGAGGCGGGCGACCUUCUCUUGGUGGAUAACUUGGCAGUGGCGCACCGCGCUGAUGCGGCGGCGGCCGAUGCCGGUGGAGCGUUGCGUCUGCUGCACCGCAGCACGGUGCGAGGCGUGAGGAACGUGCAUGCUGAGGGCCUUCCAUCCUUCUUGUAUAUCUUUGGUGACAAUCCGGACUGCGAAGGGAGCGAAUCAGGCCUCGAAGGCCUCUGGCAAUCCGCAGACUACUAUGGCGUGGGCUUCAAAUGGAACAACUCCCAACACUUCCGGAACUGA